CUUCCUUGUCUUACAAUUGAAAAGACAUAAAAACGCCGAUCUUGUCUGUUUUAGUUGUUCUCAAUUGCUAGUCAAAGUGUCGUCUAAAUUCGAAGACAACGAACCAUUGUUCUCAAUAAUAAAAUUUUCCUAUUAUUAUUUAUAUACCUCGCGUGUGCUUGAAUAUAGGACAUACAAACCAUAACAAGAUGUGACAAUACCAGCCAGCAGUACGAUAGAAUCUACCAAAACGUAUACCUUCGCCAUCGAUCGUCAAAUAUUCGACGGUCCAAAGAAUCGGUAUGGGUUAAAUGGUAAAGAUGACACCGCAAGACGAAGUGAAGCUGAGGCAAGGUGUUUUAAUGUAUCAACAUCCAGAAACCACCAAAAAGCACGUCUAUAGCGUUCUAAGUCUUUACAAGGGAUUGCAUUACAAAGUAGAACCGUUUGUGUUUAACGAUGGAUCGUGCAAAGAAUUAAUCAACUUACAAGGCACAAUACCUGUGUCUUAUCAAGGUAAUUGCUACAACAUUCCUGUAUGUAUAUGGCUAAUGGAUACACACCCAAAUAACGCACCCAUGUGUUACGUUAAACCUACAGCUGACAUGCAUAUAAAAAUCAGCAUGUUUGUUGAUCAUAAUGGAAAGAUUUAUUUACCUUAUCUACAUGAUUGGUUGCCACAUUCGUCCGAUUUACUAAGUCUAAUUCAAAUAAUGAUCGUGACCUUUGGAGAAAAUCCACCUGUCGUUGCCAAAGAACGACAAGAGAACCCACCAACUACUACACCGUAUCCCAUAAUGCCUAUCAUGCAUGGACCUGGCGGUUCUAAUUUUCCGCCUCAUCUACAAAAUUCUCAGUAUACGGGUGGAAGUAACGUAUAUCCUCCAUACAUGCCUACACCAUCAUCAGGAUUUCGGUAUCACAAUUACGUACCUUACGGCGGAACCGCUUCGAAUUAUCCACCGCAAGGAUAUAAUUUCCCGUAUCCUUCAACGACGCAACCAUCUCCGACGAUACCUGGCACUGCCAGCGGAUCGGGUACAAUCGGGGAGGAACAUAUCAGAGCAUCGUUAUUAUCGGCGGUGGAGGAUAAAUUAAAACGUAGGCUCAAAGAACAAUUCUCGCAAUUAGUGGCCGAACUAGAAACAUUACGACGUACGCAACAAGAACUUAUGAGCGGUUCCGAUCAUCUUAACGACUUGUUCGAUAGAUUGAAGAAAGAGAAGGCGGAGCUCAAAAAGAAUAUAAAUAUACUUCAAGACAAAGAAACCGAAUUGGAGAAAGAAAUCUCGAAGCUUUCGGACAAUCAAUCGAUAGACGUUGAUGAAGCUGUUACUACGAUCGCACCACUUUACAAACAAAUGUUGAAUGCGUUUGCGGAAGAGGCUGCCACGGAGGAUGCAAUAUAUUAUCUCGGCGAAGGUUUACGUUGCGGUAUCAUUGACUUGGACGCGUUUCUGAAACAAGUACGGCAACUAUCGCGUAGGCAAUUCAUGCUCAGAGCGCUGAUGCAACGUUGUCGCCAAAAAGCUGGAUUGGCUGGUUAAGUUAUCUGUUUGAUUUUUAUAAAGUUACGCUAUUUAAUAUUUUAUUUUAUUACAAACGAUGUAUUCGCAAUGAAUUACAUAAAUACUAUAUUAAGUAGAGAGAUAUAUAAAUAUAUUAGAGGCAAGGAAUUAUCAUUGCAAGUCCAGAAAGUAUUCCUUAUGGAUUGAAUACUAUGUUUCAGCAUAUUUUUUAUUUCAUGUUGUAUACAUAUUGUUUGUAACAAAAAGAAUUAUAUGAAUAUGAAGCUUCUAUACAGAAAAUGAAAUAAAAAAUAUUAUAUACAUAUGUGUAAAAGAAUAAAUGAAGGUUUAAGUAUUGCAGUAAGAGAUUAAAUCACCACUGUUUAACGAAAUUAUAUUUCUAAACGCGAUAUACUCAAAAAU